GUCCCAGACAUCUGAGAACGGAAGGUAGUGAGCCCCACCUUACCUCCUCCCAACCCUUCUACAAGUUCUUCUCUUCUUCUCCUAUAUAAGUCAUCAGGCUCAGGAUGUAGAAAGUCAACUGACUAAGAUAAACAAACAGACUGCUCCGAAUACCUGGCCCAGGGUCACAUGAUUAGUGCCAUCCCCCUGGACAAUGUGGCCUCAAAGCACCUUCUUCAUGGCCUUGCCCCAUGUGGGACCCAUUGUGGGCUGGUUGUUUGCUCAACAGCACAUGCCCACCUGGUAUAAGACCCUGAAAAAGCCGCCCUGGUGGCCAUCCAACAAGUUCUUCUUAAUUGUAUGGACCAUCAUCUACUCCACCAUGGGCUAUGCUUCCUAUCUAGUGUGGAAGGAUCUGGGUGGGGGCUUUGACCGUUCUCUGGCCCUGCCCCUUGGUCUCUAUGCUACCCAGCUUGUCCUCAAUUGGAUCAUACUCCUCCUCUUCUUCGGAACCCAUAACCUUGGGCUGACCCUAUGCCAUCUGCUUCUGCUCUAUGGACUGGUGCUUGGUAUGGCACUGAGCUGGCAGUCCAUCAAUGGCCUCGCUGUCCUGCUCCUGCUGCCCUACCUGGCCUGGCUCACACUGACCACUUCAUUGGCCUAUCAUCUAUGGAUGGACGACUCCAGUUCAGAGCCACAUCUCUCUUCCCAAUCCCAGUUUCAGCCCUUGGGAGAGAAGAUAGACUGAGAUAGAAAGAAAGGAGAAUUUGAGGAAAGACCAAAAAGGGAGGAAUGUCAAGGGUUGGGGUUGAAAAAACUAAGAGCAGGGAAUGAGGGAGGGGCAGGGACAAGGAAUCCCAAACACAGUCUCUGAUCAAUAUUUCCAUACCCUUCCAAAAUAAGCUGCCUGAUUUUGAACCUCCUCUCUAAUCCCAAGCUAAUUCAUUUCUUCUUUGCCAUUAUUUGUCUAAGAGAAUAAAGAGGCCCUUGCAUCUGGUUAAAAGCAUUUUAUUUUACAAAUAAAAAUAAAAAUUUCAUUGGUUCUGAGUAUGUGA